GGACCCUCCUAAAUGUAAUAGGUAAUUAUACUAUCAGAGACAGGCAUCGUCGGCCUCUUGAACAACUACUACUGCCAUCGCACAGACGCUAACCGCUGGAUUAAUGCUGGCCGUCUAUUACCCUCCGGAUUGAUUUAGAGCAAUUGCGCUACUAAUUAAUUAAAGAACCAAUACAUCCGCCUCCACCCGGGAGAGGUGGGGAGCGAGGAUUAAUUACAGCGCGGGGCCGCGUGCCCAUAAACAAAAAGCCAGCAAUAAUUCCAUUAAGGCCUAAAACUAACCCCGCCGUAAUAAAUCUGUGUGCGGCGCCCAUUACUCGCGGCCGAUAACGCGCCGCCCAUCGGCCGCGCCGCCCGCGUGCUCGACGCCGCCACCCCGCGGACAUCGACAUCUCCUGACCACAUCUGCGUUGCGUCACUAAAUUGGAACUUGCAAUCUAUGAAAACAACUUUUCCUAUUUUCCUCGACGUACCGUUACAAAUGGAAGGCAUGGCGGCGAUGCUGGCCCCGCCCCUGGGCGGCUCGAAUGGGCGCGCACCGCAGCGGCAAGCCCACGCCUCUGCCAGUGCUCUCGUACGCUCCGGCCCUGACGCACGCGUUCGUUAUCUCACCUGGGCCGCUAUCUCAUCUCUUCAUCUACCCCAAUUUGAUUGAACGUACUUUAGUGAUCGAGUCGUGUGUGCUUGGUGAUUCCUACAUAUUUUCAUAGCUGACGACUGAACGAUUCCUGCUAAGCGGACCCGUUAAUAUUUACAUAGGUUACAGAAAAGAAUGGUAAUUGCUUGAUUCGAUUGGAGGCAGCAGAAUGUUCGGAGGCAACGGGGGAGGGUAUGCGGGCAGCGGCGACUGCGCCGAGGGCUACGGGCUGGGCUACGUGGCGGGCGGAGGCCGCCUUCAGCAGUACGCACACUUCCCGCACCAGAACGUCUGGCAUCACCAUCACACUCCCCACCACGACACUUACGGCAGUAGCAGCGUUGGUGGCGUCGGCUCCAUGGCCGGCGGCCUGUACCCCCAGAACAUGGUGAUGGGUUCCUGGUGCGCCCCAUACGACGCACUGCAGCGCCCUCCUGCAUACGAUGGCGGUCUGGAAUCUUACGAAGAGGGUCGUGAGUGUGUUAACUGCGGCGCCAAUAACACCCCGCUGUGGCGCAGGGACUCAACGGGGCACUACCUGUGCAACGCAUGCGGCCUCUACCACAAGAUCAACGGCGUGAACCGGCCGCUCGUCAAGCCCAGCAAGCGGCUGUCUGCUGCGCGGCGCCACGGGCAGUGCUGCACCAACUGCGGGUCCCGCAACACCACGCUGUGGCGACGCAACAACGAGGGCGAGCCCGUCUGCAACGCCUGCGGACUCUACUACAAGCUGCAUGGAAUUAAUCGGCCAUUAGCAAUGAGGAAGGACGGGAUUCAAACCAGGAAAAGGAAACCGAAAAAGUCUGCUAAUGGAGCUAAAUCCGCACAAGAAAGUUCCAAGAAAGAAGGACAAUGUUCACCUGGUGUUGAUGAAAGCAAGCCAAGCGUUUCAGAAGUGCCAUUGCCUUUAACGGCAUCUAUGUCUAGUCACGGGUCCCUCUCGAAGGCCCGCGCAGAGGCGCACUCGUCGGAGACGUCCCCUCACGCGCACUCCCACAGCCAAGGGCACGGGCACACGCAGUACCCCCUGGGCCUGCCCGCGGCUCCUGGCUUCCUCUCCAACCCUUCGAUCUUCAACAUUAAGAGUGAACCAAACGCCCCCAAUGGCUACGAUGGAUAUGCGACCCACUCUGGCAGCCAUUACCACUCGCAACAGCACUACUUGCACGCAUUACAGUACGGCCUCGGUAACAGCGAAGAAGAGGAAGGCAGUGGCUUUCUCCACCAGCGCAACGUGACCGCGCACGCCAAGCUCAUGGCCUCCACGUAGCGCUCCCCGAACCUGUCCACUGGACGACUACACUAACUCAUAUCUACACUUGAAUACUAUCUCAUUUAGGUGAACCUUACGCAAGUGGGACUGUGCAGGAUAACAGUGGCGUAGCCGUGGCACCGCGUGGGCAACGCAUUUUGAGACAAUAUCACCCCACCAAUGCAUUCCACAAAUUAGAUAAUGAACAAAUGCCAAGGAAUCUGUCUUAGUCUUAAGUCUAUAAUGUAAGUUAUGUAUAUAACAAAUAUGUAUUUGAAAUAUUUAUGAAUACUGUUUUACUACUGUUGGGUGAGACAAAAUAGUUCGCCAUGUUCAAUCUAAAUUCUGAUUUCUUACAUUUGACAAGUUACAAAACCAGCACAAUGUAUUUUAAGUAUAGAUAUCGAUGUAGAGAGAUGUAUGUAUAGCAGUUCACGUUAUACAUAAUUGUAAAAAUAGAUUAUAUUUGACUGACUAGACUACUGCUACUGCUUAUUCCACUAAAGUGCUGGAAAUAAAGUACAACAUCAGAGGGCCUACUACAAACUUGGAAAAUGUGUAUUUUCAUCUUUGUCACCAAG